AUGUCUAGUCCCAAUCAAAUAAACCAAAUAAAUCAAGUCAACCAAGUAAACUCAACUUCAAAAUCUUUCAAAAACCCUCAUGAUAAAAAAGGUCGUUCAACUUCUUGUUUAUUAUGUCAAAAAAGAAAACAAAAAUGUGAUCAUAGAUUACCAAGUUGUACAACUUGUAUUAAAGCUGGUGUGAAAUGUAUUCAACCUGCUAAAUAUAAUGUUCAAUCACCUCAAAAGGAUGAAUAUACAAUAAUGCUUGAAAAAAAAAUCAAAUUCUUAGAGAAAGUACUUGAUUCAAAUCAAAUUAAAAUUGAUGAUGAUAAGAAUAAAAAAAAUUUUAAAUAUAAAAAAUUAUCACCAUUCUUAAGUAAUGAUAAUGAAACAUCUACAAAUACAAGUUCAAACACAAAUACAAAUACAAAUACAACAGCCGCCUCAACAAUUCAAUCCAUAAUUUGCCUUACACCUGAACCAACUUCAAUACCUCAUGAUAGAAAAUUACCAAUUCCAACAAGUGUAUCAUCAAAUGAUCCAAUAUCAAUAAACUUAAUCAAGAAUAAGAAAUCUUAUGUAUCAAUAGAUUCAAUAGAUUAUUCAAAUUCAUUAUUUGCUAAAUAUAAUCUCAAGGAAUUCUUAAAUUUUGAUCCAGUUUUUGAAUUUGAUGAAAAUUUAAGUCGUGCAUUUUUAGAUAUACAUUUUUCAAGAUUACAAUUUAAAUACCCCCUUUUAGAUGAAGAUGAAAUUUAUGAAUUUCAUAAUUGUUAUGUAUCAAAUCAAUUACAAGGUUAUAUGAAUAAUAAUGAUCAAUUUCAUUAUUGUUGUUGUCGAAUGUGGAUGAUUUUCGCUAUAAGUUCUUGUUUACAUAUGACAACUGGGAAAUAUCAAGGUCCUCCACCGGCAAGAUAUUUUAGUACUGCAAUUAGACAUAUUACAAAAGUUAAAAAUAUUGGUAUUUUAGAAAAAAUUGAAAUUUUAACAUUGGCUGUUUUGUAUUUGAUUAGAACUGAUAGAGAUUCUGUUUGUCUUUAUGAAAUUAUAAAAGAUUCUUUAAAACUUUGUAUUGAUUUAAAACUUCAUAAAUUUGAAUCAUAUCAAAAUAUAACUCCACAAGAAAAAUUCAAAAAAUUAAGAUUAUGGUGGUGUGUUUAUCUAUUGGAAAGAAUGAUUUCAAUCGCAGUGGGUAAAAAUUAUAAUUUAAAAGAAGAUGAAGUUGAUUUAAACAUCCCCCUUUUUGAAAACAUGAGCGGUUCAAUGAAUCAAUCAAAACAUCAGCAAAAUUCAAACUUUAUAAAUCAAUCAAUUAAAUUAAGAAGAAUAGAAUCAAGAUUUGUGGAAUUUUUCCAAAUUACAAGUACAGGUUCAAUAAAUGUUUCAUCAAAUCAAUUACCUUUAGUUGAAAAAUAUUUCCAAGAAUUAGAAAUAUGGAGAUCAAAUUGUCAAGGUUUUAGUAAUGGAAUUGAAAAUGAAACCUUAAGAUUAUAUUAUUAUAGAUCUGUUAGAUUAUUAAUACAACCAUUCUUAGAAUUAAUGAAUCCAAUGGAUAAAUUAUUUAGAGAAUGUCAAGCUGCAGCGGGUCAAAUAUGUCAAUUAUUUAAAGUAUUCCAUGAAAAAACAGUGUUUGGUCAUUCCACCACUGCAAUUCAUACUGUUUUCGUUGCAGGUGUUACUUUAGUGUAUUGUCUUUGGUUAGCAAGAAAUAAAGAUGAUCAAAAAAGAAAAGCACUUGGUGAUGUUUCUAAACAUACAAGACCAACAGUUAGUGAAUCACUUUUCAAUGGAUUAAAUGAUUUAAGAGCUUGUUCUAUUUGUCUUUAUGUUAUGACUGAACGUUCAAAAUUUGCAUUAAUUUUUAGAGAUACUUUUGAUCAAUUAAUGACUGCUACUAUAACUAAUUUGAUUGAAAGAUGUGGUCCUGAUUCAAGUGAAUUGAUUUAUGACCCAUUAAGACCUGGUAUGCCACCUGCAGUGGUUCGUCGUGAUUUUAAUCAAGAUUUAAAUUUUGGUACAAAGAGAUCAUCAGGGAAUGGAAUGGAAAGAUCACAAUUCUUAGGGAAAUCAAGUCCAACUGAAGAAGAAAAAUUUGAACAAGAAGAAAGAAAAAGAAAACAAGGUCAAUUACAAAAAAAUGUUGUUCCAAAAUCCCUAAGUCAUUUAUUAAUUAAUUCUAAUCAAGAUGAUCAACAAUCAACUCAAGGUUCAAAUGUUACAAUAAGUGCAAGUCCUGUACCUAAUGUUCCAAGUUUAAUUACAUCAUCAUCACCAAGAUCUGAUAUUUCAUCAUCUUUAGUUUUCAAUCACAAAAGACCAAAAUUAGAUCAUAACAAUAGUACAAAUCCAUUAGAAUCUGUUAAUUUUUCAAAUUUAUCAUAUUCUUAUAAAGAUGAUUAUCAAGAAUCACCAUCCAAUUUAUCCACAACUUCAUCAACACAUCCUUCAAUGACAAGUAGUGCAUCAAGUACAACAACAUCAGCUACAUCAAAUUAUAAUUAUCCACCAGAAUUAUCCCUUUUCAAUAAUCGUACAAAUACAAUGAUUAAUAACAUUUCAGUAUGGACAGGAGAAUCUGGAGGACCACCAAUUAAUACAGCUUCAUUAUUUGAUUUUAAUAAUAAUAAGAAUUCAAGAUCUUUAUUAACAAAGAAUUCUCAAUCAAAUCAAAAUAAUAAUUCAAAUGGGAAUAAUGGUAUUAAUGUUAAUGGACAAGUUGUUAAUGGUCUUAAUAAUAAGAAUUUAGGUGAAACUUAUCUUUGGAAUGUCCCAGUUGAAGAGUUUUGGACGAAUAAUGAUGAUUAUGGGUUUUUAGCAUGA